AAGGUUGUUCGAGGCAAAACUAUGGAGGAAUGGUUGCGGUUUUCUGUAUGCUUUUGGCACACUUUCAGAGGAACAGGUAAAGAAGUAUAGGUUUACAUUUUUGAAGUGUGACAUAAAAUGGAAUCACUAUUAAAAUUUAAAAGAUGAUUUUAAAAAAAAAGACAUAUUUCCCUUUAGAAUCCUUUGCUUAUAAGCUCUAGAACUUUUAAGAUCACAAAAAGUGACAGUAAUGUUGUAUGUAAAUUAUAUAACUUUAAAAAAAUAAUUAAUUACAUGUUUAAUUUGCGGAUAGGUUGUUAAAUUGAUUUGGUUAAAAUUGAAAUUGUUUUUCUCAUGACUUCAUUAUUCAGGGUGUCAAGUUAAAAAAAAGUAACACUAAUUAUUUUCAGGUGCAGACCCCUUUGGAUUUCCUACUCUUGUCAGGCCAUGGGAUGAUGGAAGUAACAGCCUGGAGAAUGCUAAAAGAAGGCUAAGGGCCGGGUUUGAGUUUUUCACUAAAUUGGGUGUUAAAUAUUGGACAUUUCAUGACAGGUUUGUAUACUGUGGACUUAAAAGUCCCAAUGCCUUUUUUUUGUGCAUGUGUAAAAAUGAAAGCUAUAGACUGCUUUCCUUCAGUUAAGUCUAUUCUUGACUUUAUAAAUUCAUUUGUUUACAUUUUGUAGCUGUAUAUUAUUGUAGGGUGAUGAGAAGAAUGGGAUAUAAUACAAUGUUUUUUAUGCAGAGAUUAAUCCAGAUUGCUUUUUUAUUUCCCAAACUUCAAGGCCAGUACUGAGAUAACAUCAUGUAUAAUAUCAGUAUAAUAACCCAUUUUGCUACAUGUACCACGGAGAUAUAAUAAUCUACAAUUGCACUAAAAUUUUGAGAGUUUUUGGUACAGAUAAAGUAAUAUUAGCUCUUAACAAAGCAGAUCUAAUUGUUCUGAUUCACCAACAUUUUAAGUUUUAUGUUCAUGCUUUCAGGGAUAUUUCACCAGAAGGGGAAAACUUGGUGGAAUCAAAUAGAUAUUUGGAUGAGAUUGUAGAUCUUGCUGCGCAACUUCAACAAAAAACAGGUGUCAAAUUGCUAUGGGCAACCUGUAACUUGUUUGCUCAUCCCAGGUAAAUACAUCCUUGCCUUGCAAAGUUUAAGUUAACAAGUGUGGUGAAUUCUUAAUGUGCAUUCAGUCAAAAUGUUUUACAAUUUAAAAUAAGGAGAAUUUUUUUUUUAUAAAUUUGAGUUGCAAUUAAGAUACCUUUGCAGUUUACCUAACAAUAGUGUUAAUUAAAAAUGUUUGUUACCUUUGAGAUACAUGAAUGGUGCCAGUACCAACCCAGAUGCACAUGUUUUUGCCUAUGCAGCAGCACAAGUUAAAAAAGGGCUGGAUGUUGCACUGAAACUGGGAGCAGAGAAUUUCGGUAAUAAUAUUUUAAAUUAUAUUUAAGUCUUCUAUAAUUGUUUUAAUAAACAAAACUUUUAUGUAAGCUGAAAUGUAAAAUAAUAUGUUAGUCAGUUACAAAAAAAAAUUUCUUUAAUUUAUUAUUGAAAUAGCUUUUUUUUUCGUUUCAGUUUUUUGGGGAGGCCGUGAGGGUUUUCAUUCCCUGUUAAACACAAAUAUCAGAGCAGAGCUGGAUCACAUGGCCACAUUCUUCAAACUGGCAAUAUGUAAACAAUUUAAAAAAUGGCUGUUUAAAUAAACUGGUCUAACCUAUCAAAAAAGCUUAUAAAAUGAUGAAAGAGUAUGAUAAUUUGUCAGCAGAAAAUUUUAAGUGUGGCAAACAAUGUGUACAAGAAUCUUAAAUUAAUUAAUUAGGGAAAAUUUAAUUAUAUUUAAUUUAGAAUUCUUAGCUAAUGACUAUUUCUGGGUUACCACAAAAUAGGGAACUCUUUUAUUAUAAUUUAGUUAGUAGGCUUAGACUACACAACCACAGAAACUUUUAGUCACUGACAUUAAAAGUAGUUAACACAUUUAAAUAAAGAAAAUUACAUUAUAAAAUAGCUUUUACUUUAUAUACAUUGUUAAACAAAUAAGCACUUGGAAUCAGUGAUAUAUCAUCAACACCAGGAACAGAAACAUUGCAAAUUCCCUCUACAUGCAUAGGAGCCAAAAUGAUCAAUAAAUUAAUCGUGUGCCCUUAAUAUAUAUUGAAGAAGAAGAAACAAUGAUUUAUGAGCAUAAUAAUGAAAUAAUUCAACAAUGAUAUUUAACAAUUUUCUAAAAAAUUAUUUUCAUUAAAUUAGAAUUAGGCCCCACCACUGAAAAAGCUCUCUAAACAUUUUCAUAUUUUACAACUUCAACCAUUUUUUUAAACCAGCUUACAAGAAAAAAAUUGGCUUCAAAGGUGUUUUCUUGAUUGAGCCUAAACCUAAGGAGCCAAGCAAGCAUCAAUAUGAUUAUGGUAAAUGUUUUUAUAAAUAAUGCAAUAGUAAGAUCUAGCGCAUCUCAGUUAUUUUAUUUUUUGAAUUCCACUUUGUCUUCAGAUAUUUUAAAUGGAAAUAAAGAAAGUUCAUAUAAAUUUAAUAUAUAAGUUGUUCAGUUCUAUUUUCUCUCAUUACAUGUAUUUUUGUGUCUUUGAACAGAUGCUAUGACAGUUAUUGCUUUCCUAAGAACAUAUGGGCUGGAGAAAGAGAUCAAGGUGAACUAUUUUAACUCCAUUUAUUGAUAAUGUUUAUAUUAUAAUUAUCUGAAGGCUGCAGAUAAAUUUUCCAUGAAAGCUGAUGGAUAGAUUUAUAAAAUUAAACAUGUGCUUAAAUUUAAAAAAAAAAAAAAUUAAACAAAAAACAUUUCAGCAAUCUCCAUAAAUGGUUCCUUGUCUCUGUUUAAGAGUAUUAUUUUUUAAGCAAAAUUCAAUCAUAAUAAUUUUUAAUAGUUGAAAAUUGAAAAAUAGGAUGCUCUUUUAUAAAUUUCAACAUAGGCCCUAAUUAUCUGGAGUCGAAGAAUCAUUUUGAAUAGGGCCAGAUUUAUACCUUCAGAGCCCCUAGGCAUUCAAAAUUUGUACCCCUCAUCCCCCCAAAUUACCCAUAUCCAUAGCUUUGAGUUUAAGUGAACCUGUUUAAUAUCAUCACUGCCAAAUGAAAAAGUAUUUUUGUUGUACAAUUUUAUACCAUGACCCAAUCAGCUGAGAUUGUCCUUUUUAAAAAUUCUAUUGGGUUUUUCCCUUACAUUUUUUUUCUCCUAUGUCUGAUUUGCACAUCACUACUAUAAAUUUUGUCACUACAUUCAAGAUCAAAUCAAGUCCCCCCAAAAAUAAAUUCCUUUUUGCAGGUCCCUAAAGGGCACUAGGCUAGUAAGCUCAUGGCUACUUUGUCUAUAGGCUAUAAGGCACUGAUUUUGAAUAUUAUGAAUGUCAUUUAUUUUCAGCUGAAUAUUGAACCAAAUCAUACAACUCUGGCAGGUCAUGCAUAUGAACAUGAUAUUGUCUUUGCUUCUGCGUAAGUUUUUACUCACUAUAUUAGACAAUAAAUGUAUCUGAUUUUUUACCAAAGAGAUUUCUGAUAAACAUUACACAUUGAUAUCAUUUUUCUUUUAAAUAUAAUAAUAAAUUUCAUUUUAAAGCAUAGUAGUGAUACAGAAUAUAUAUUUGUUUUUUCAAAUGAAAUGUGUAAAUGAAUAUUAACAAUUAUUUUAGUUAUAAUAUGCUGGGUUCGGUGGACUCUAACACUGGGUCACCUGACUUAGGCUGGGAUACUGACCAGUUUCCCAUGGAUGUCAAGAAUGCAACAAUGGUUCUGCAGGUACAAUACUUGUGAGCAAUUUGUAUAUCUAAUAAUUACACUUUUCAAAGAAAUGGUCUUCUGAUUCUUUCUAAAGGAGGGAUGGGUUCGCAACCUUUUGGUAAUAUUGUGCCAAAGCAGGAUUCCUACUUUAUUCAGCGUUCCAACUUGCUAUUAGCCUACCUUAUAAGAGCCAUUUUUAUCAAUAUAUUUUUGUGUGGUAUUUUACGUGGCAUUGAAAAUUUCCCAGCAAGCUAAGUCUGGCAUUUGUGCCCUAGGUUGGGUACCCCUGCUCCUGCUAUAGGGAACUAUGUAAAGCUAAAAAUAAAUAAAUAUUUUAUUGAGGUAUAACUGAAGAUAAUUUUUGAAUGAAAACCCAGGAUAUUAAAGCUCAUGAGUAAUGACACGACCUUCGAAAUACACAAUAACUACAAGACCUGACGUUUACAUAAUUAAAAUGGAUCACUUGCAGCAAUUAUUAUUUAAUGUUACAUGACAACACUUAUGUAAUUAAACCUUUUAAUACUGUUAGAACCUAAUCUUCUAUUUUCUUGUCUAUCUCAUGAUCUGCAAAGCUCAAAUUGUUUUUUUGCAUUAAUGGGAAUUAUUUUUUGUACAGUAUAUUUCUAUCCAAUUAUUAAUUUCAGGUGAUACUUAGACAAGGUGGUUUACAGCCUGGUGGUCUAAAUUUUGAUUGUAAAGUGAGACGUGAAUCAACAGAUCUAAAAGACAUGUUCAUAGCUCAUAUUGGUAAGAUAUUUAAAAUGCAAUAAUUUUUUUUAAAUGAAUUAUUGGGGUUUUUGUAACUAAUGUUUCCUACAGCAUUGUUAAUUAAAACGAAAAAUCUGGUAUCAUGAUAUAUGGGAUUAAUGCAUUAUAUGGGACAGACUAACAAUUCAUUUCUUUUACUCUCACACCGAUUCAGUGUGCUGAACGUUUGAAUUUAAUAUGCUGAGUACCGAAACAUUGGGAACCACAAACUAAUGAUACAUUAUAAUAAUAAUAAUAAUAAAGUUCAUUUCAAAAACACGCUUCAUCCCCAAAGGCUCGAAGCGCGGUACAAAGUAAAAAAAAAAACAAAUCUAUAGUUUACCACAUUUAAAACAAACGCAACACGACAAAAACUAAGUACAAGCAUACAAUGGCAAAGUCUUUCUAGCCAUUUCAACCAUAAGCAACACAGCCAUUAUGCAUUAACUGGAAAAUAAUGUUGACAAUCAUCCCAGAAGGUGUUUGCGAAAUAGAUGUGUCUUUAAAUCGGUUUUAAAGGACUCCAGUGUCUGGUUGUUUCUGAGAUCGACAGGAAAGGCGUUCCAAAUUAGUGGACCAGCAAAUGCGAAAGUGCGCUUUCCGUAAGUCUCAAGGCAAACACGUGGUGUCAAGAGUUUGCCACUAUCGGAUGAGCGGAGCUCUCUAGUGGGUACAUAAGGCGUCAGCAGCUCUUUCAGAUAGGAUGGCGCCAGGUCAUGUAAGCAGCCUUGUAAAAGGCCAGCAUUGCUUUGUGUAUCUAUGUUUUCUUUGUUACUAGGUGCCAUGGACACAUUUGCCAGAGGCCUGAAAGCUGCAGCAAAAAUCUUGGAUGAUGGUGUCAUUAGCCAGGCAGUACAGGUACAUUUAAUAUAUACUAUUUACAUUAAUAAUGAUGGGCUGUCAGAUCCUUAAGUUAAACCUAGCCAAUAAAUAUUAGUUUCAGAAAUUUAAAAAAACGCCCAAUUAUUCAUUUACCCUAAAAAUAAAAUUGUGUCAAGGGAAUUCCUUAAAAAUUUUUCUUCAAGUGCAUAGAAAAAUGUGAUUUCCCAUCCUGUAGGUCACUAUUAUUUCAUUUUCUAUUAGGAACGAUACAGUAGCUACAAAACUGGCAUUGGGGCUAAAAUUGAGGAAGGAACAACAAGUCUUGAGGAAUUAGAGGUCAAGUUUAAAAAAAAAUUAAAACUAAUGUAAUAACAUGAUGGACUGGUUUUUUAUUUUACCAUAUUUCAAAUAUUUGUACUCGGUAGCAACAAUAGGAUAAAAUGACAUCACUGCCUCACACAUUUUCAUCUUCUCUAUAUAUUCAUAUAUCAAGACAACAAACUCUAAAGAUGGCAUGUGCUUACUCUAAAUCUCUAACAGAGUUGAUUUGUGUCUUUAAUCUAUUUCAGCUAUUGGCUCAAUGAAUAGUUGAAAAAUAUUUUGUUAGAAAAUUGCUUUUUAUUAAAAUAAUAAUAAUAAUAAAUAAAAUUCUUUUUGUAAAUAUUAAUACCGUUAUUUAAAAUUUCAAUUCCAUGUCAUAAAUCAUUCAUUUAUUUAAUUUGAUUUUUUCCCACAUCCAGGAAUUUAUCCUACAAAAUGGCGAUCCUGCUCGCAUAUCUGGCCAGCAAGAGCACUUUGAGAAUAUGCUCAACUUUUAUGUUUAAACUGGUUGCAAACACAUUUUAAAGGAUUUUUAAAAAUAUAAAUGAGACAAUUAACUUUAAAUAUAGCUUUGGUUGUGAUAAGCAAACUAAAAAAUGUUUCACAUGUGCUAUCUUGUUAAUAAGAACCCAUGUGAUGUAUUAUUUUUUUAAUCAAAUAUAAUUAAUAUAUUCCCUACCUCAUGUCGUACCUAAACAAGAUGUUUAAAAUAUAAAUUUAUGUCCAUAGGUCUGUAAUAAUAGUAACUAAAUCCAAGAUUUAGACUUAUAUAAGUUUAAUUUAAAAAGCCGAACAUUUAUGUGAAAAAAUGUAUUUCAAUGUAAGAUUUGUUAUAAAUUAUUUAUAAAUAAAUAUAAAUUUACCUAUCAGAUUUACUAUUGUAAAGUUUGUAAAACAUUGAAAUAAGCUGUUAUGAUACAAUCUCAUUGAUUCAUCAGAAUAGAGCUUUUAAUUAGUUAUUAUUGGUACAAUACGAUUAAUAACUGAAUACUCAAUAUUGUAAUUAAAACAGUAGUUGUUUAAUAAAGUGGAAAUGCCAGUGUUUCUUGUAAGGCUAGCAAAUA